AUGUUGGAUUCAAUGGCUCGUCUGACACGCAGGAUUUUCUCUAUAGGCCAGGAAGCGUUCAGGGCAGUAUCAGGUGCUUGUGGAGAUCAGGUUCCACAUUCGUAUGAGUUAUUACAGUAUCCUCCCCCGCCGCAGUCGCCUCCCCCGCCGCAGUCGCAUCCCCCGCCGCAGUCCUUCCCCCGCCGCAGUCAGGAGCCUCUUGUUUUGAUCGCCGCAAACAUUCCAGUGUGUUUUGCCAGUGGCCGAGAGAAGCUUGGGUCAGAUUUCCAUCGCGAGUCUUCUUCUUGCUUGUCAGAAGCCAAGAUACCAUUUGUGGCAGGCGCAGCUGAAGUUUUUACUGGGACUGACUCGCUUUAUUGAGUCGUCCACCGCAGCAGUCAUAGCCCUUCGGAGGCCAAGAGGAACCGUUUGAAGCAGGGAAGUAGCUUUUAAUUUAGAUUUAUUUGUUGCGCAUGUGUGUUAUAAUUUUUGUUUAUUUUUUCCGCAGGCGCUGCCGGAAAUUGGUUGGGCUGGAUCGCUUAUGUGGCAGUUACGUUUGUGUUUUGAUUUUAUAUUACUCAAUUAUUUUGAUUUAGAGCACAUUUUCUUUUUCCCUUUUUUUCAGGUUCUUCCAUCGCAGUAGUCAGAAAGGAUUUCCCUUUUUUUUCCAUGGCCAAGAAAUCAUUUUAGCCAGGCGCCGCAUUUUGGUACUGGAUCGCGUUUAUGUUAGUUAAGUUUAUGUUUUAAAUUUAUUUAUUGUGCGUUUGGUAUGUUAUAUGUUAAUCAUUUUAAUUUUUAUUAUUUUACAGGCGCAGCGGAGGAUUUUUUUGUUGUUGCUGGAUCAUACAUGAGUCAGAUAAGUUUAUGUUUUAUUUUGUUUUUAGUUUUUUUCAAGUUUACUCAACGACACUCAGGAGAAGACUGUUGAUCAGAAUUCCCUGGUCGUUAUAUUUAUUGCCCUCUGAUUACAUGUAUUGUAAUAUUUAGGUACAUUAAAUGGCGGGAAAUAGUA